AUGUCGAAAAUCACCCUUAGGCCAUACCAGCUAUCCGACAUCGAUGAUUUUAUGCAAUGGGCUUGUAACUCAGAAGUGCUUGAAUACAUCCCAUUGCAGUUUUGGAUAAAAGUCAACUCGUCAAGGGAAGAAGUUGUGAGCUACUUCAAAGAAGUGGUCAUUAACCAUCCAUGGUACCAAGCCAUCUGCUUGGAUGGCCGUCCCAUUGGCUACAUAGUACUGGAAACACAAGCUGGUAAGUUUGGUGUUGAUAGGGGUAGAGCUCAACUAUCCUAUGCUUUAGGCCGUGAGCAUUGGGGCCGAGGCAUCACCCCUAUUGCAUUGAGAAUGGCUCUCUCUUCUGCUUUCCAGAAGCUUACUAAUCUUGUUAGGAUUCAAGCUUUUGUUGAUCUCGAAAACAAGGCGUCUGAAAGGGUGCUCCAAAAGGUUGGUUUUUCUAAGGAAGGUGUUUUACGACAGUAUGCUGUGGUAGUAGAUGGGGAGGGUAUAGAUCUUAUUAUCUAUAGCAUUAUAUCCACUGAUCCAAUACUUAAUUGA